UCGGGAAUCGGACAGACCGGGUGUACCCGAGAUAAGUGACAGGAAGCUAACUACAUUUAACCCUUGUUUGAUUGACACUCCUUCUCUUCUACCAAUAAUAUUCACCAAUUAUGUCUGCCACCUUACGUCCUUACCUGAACGCAGUCCGACACACACUCUCAGCUGCGAUGUGUCUCCAGAAUUUCAACUCACAAGUGGUAGAAAGACACAAUAAGCCUGAAGUAGAGGUUAGAUCCAGUAAGGAGCUUUUGAUGACUGCUGUUGUGGUUAGUCGAAAUGAGAAAGAGAAAGUGCUCAUAGAACCGUCCAUCAACUCCAUUAGGAUCUCAAUCUCUAUUAAACAAGCGGAUGAUAUUGAGCGUAUCCUUUGUCACAAGUUUAUGAGAUUUAUGAUGAUGAGGGCUGAAAAUUUCAUCAUUCUCCGGAGAAAACCCGUCGAGAGCUACGACAUAUCGUUCCUCAUCACCAACUUCCACACAGAGCAGAUGUUCAAACACAAACUGGUAGAUUUCGUCAUUCACUUUAUGGAAGAGAUCGACAAGGAAAUUUCGGAGAUGAAGUUGGCAGUAAACGCACGAGCCAGAGAAUGUGCCAUGGAGUACUUAAAAAGGUUCUGAGUGGUAAUAACAAUGCUAGUGGUAAAUACGGCUAUCAGUCAAAUCAUUAGAGGUUCCCAGGGCAGGAGGCAGACGACCCCUUGUAUCUCUUCCAUCACCCAGCAUCUCAUGUGUGAAAGAUGAAUUUUAUGAACUUAACUUCUCUGUGUGAUGUAUUGAUGAUAAUUUACCAAGGUCUGUACAUGCUUUAAUAUGCAGAUUACAACUUCUUUAGUUAAGACAACAUACCAUACAAUUGAGUGAAUUUUAGUGGUUGCACAAAUUCCUUAUGAGAUGUAAACUACAGAACUUUGAGGGUUAUUAUAGCUGUGAAGGAAGUAAUUGUUGUGAAGAAAAUAAAUGGAAGGGCAAUUUAUUAUUUACUUUGGUCAUUUGUUGAACCUUUAAACCAUUCCAGAGAUCUGCAGAAAAUAUAAUUUGAGUGUUCUAUUUUAUACUAUAUUUACUGUUGCAGGUUAGAAAACUGGGUAAUGUACCGUAAGAUAAAUGAUGUACUUUUAUAAUGGUUGUCAGUCAAAGAAGUCACUAGUGGAAGAUGGACGUUGUAUUUCAUUUGUUUUUCUUUAGUGUCACUGAUGCUCUCUUGUUAAUUACCCUCAUUAAAUGUAUGAUAUAUUGAUUUGUUUAUGAAUAGGUAAGCCAUUUGCUCAGUGCUAGAAGUGUCAAUUUUGAUAAUGAUAACUGGAGAAUUUUUAGAAUUAAAGUAAUGAUUUUAACUGCAAAUGGUGCUUGGCUCAGAGUCCUUAACACUUGCUAACUCUUUGUUGAGCCACAUCAGACGAGAAGGUUUUAGACACAAGACCCUAACAGUGCUGCUACAACAGGAUAUCUUAGUCACCUUCCUGUGUUUUGUAAUUAUAUCAAUAUUAUUCAGUGCUGUAAAAUGCCGGUUGGUGAUUGCUGCACCUUCUUGUUAUGUUGUGGUUAUAUAGAGACACGUACUACUGAAGGAAGGUUGUUUACACCUGGCAGAUAAUGUUAGAACAUCUUAUGACCUGCAGCUGGUUAAUACGUCAUAUUUUCUGCUCUAGGUCAUAAUUGUUGGGAAGUCUAUUCAGUUUCUUAGCUCAAGUUUUAAUAAUUAAUGGCUCAAUAUAAUAACACUGUACUGUACAUGCCAUCUUACAUAAUAAGAACUAUUGUGAUUACUGUAAAAGUUAAUCGUUUGAGUCUAAAUGAAAACAUUCUAUAACCAAAUUCGUUUAUAAUGCUAAGUAAUUUUAAUACCUAAUAUGUAUUCCUGUUAAUGACUUGAACUUGAAGAGGUUUGGUGUUUUUUGCUUUUGAAAUUAAUUCACAUCACUUUCUUUUCAAACUCCUUAUUUCUUAUCUUUGUAAUGUGAACAAAGAGAAAAUUUUGGUUAGCCUAACAUGUGCCCUAUUUAGUAAACCAUACAGUAUAUAUCUAAAGUUUAGAUCUUAAGGCAUAACAGAAUCAUUUGUCAUUAUCAUUCAGCGAACAAAUGCAGUCGAGGUUUACUUUCCAUAGGUCAAGUACAGAAUUCCCUCGGGAGGCUCCGACACAACCACAUUCAUGACUGGAGACGACACAAGCUAACACAACCGAGCGUAAUGAACUUAAAUUAUUUUCAGGUUAGAUUAGGUUAGGUUAGUUCAUGUCAUCUACUGUCAUAUGUGAUUGUCGUUGUCAACCUGGGGGAGCUCUAUGCCAAGGGAAGGUAUGUUAUUAAUAAGGAAUAUUUUCAAUACCACUAUACCGGUCUUUUGUGGAUUGUGUUGUAUGGUACACCCGCCUAAUGGUUUAUCUUUGCUAUGAUUUUUCUACCUUUGUGGCCUCUUGUAGAGUGUCUUUUUUAUCUUGGAUGUUUAGACAAGUAAAACCAUAUUAAAAUUUUAUUAAUUUUCACAUAUACGGUGAAACCUUUAUUUAACGGACGAAAUGAAGAGGAAAGUCCAUUAUAUCGAGGGUCCAUUAAAUGUGACCCCCCCCACAAGUAAUGGACUGUAUGGAGUGAGAAGUCCGUCAUAUAGAUGAUUCACUAUAGUAUUUGCUUUUAUAUUUUGAUUUAUGAUUGAUAUAUUAAGACUAUUAAGUUGUUUUUGGCUCCUUUGGGCUUUAUGUUGAAAAAUAUAUGUUUAAGAAUUA